AUGCAAGAGCGCCACUUGAAAGUCGAUUGGACGAUUCGAGAACAUCAACCAAUGCAUUUGGGCAUCUGGCAAUCUAUUUCUAAAUUUUUGGACGAUGAGGACAGUGGUCUUUUUGAUUCGCUCAUCGAAGGUGUCCCCACCGGAUUCAGCGACGAUAUUCCUUCAUCCAACUGCUUUGCUAAGAAACAAGAUGACGACAAUCUGGGUCGUCAACCACUCAGCAUCCACAUGGACAAUUGGCGUUCAUCUUCAGAUCGACCAGAACUUACAGAUGAACUUGUGCAGUCUGAAGUGAAUCAAGGAUGGGUGGAACCAUUCAAUGGUUCAAUUGAAGACGCUCAGACCCGUUGGCCAACUGGAGUAGCUAUUGGUCGCUUGGGCAUUGCUAUUUCAGACUCGCGUGAUCCCCGCUUGGUGGUCGACAGUUCGAUUUGUGGUACCAAUUCUUCAUGCUAUGUUCGUGAACAUCAAGCUCUGCCCACCUCCAAAGAUGUCUUGAGAACUUUCCCGCUUCGGGAUAAUGACGACGAACUUGGUGGCCUUUCUUUGGACAUUAAAGCAGCUCACAAACGGGUAAUCAUCCGUGAAUCUGAAAGGGGGCUGCUUGGAUUUUUUCAUGCUGGCCGCCUUUAUUUUUAUCGUGUGGCCCCAUUUGGUUUCUCAGCUGCCGAUGCAUGUGCAACGGGUUCCACAUUUCAAAUUGGCGGCUUCAUCGAAUUGGACGAAUCUAGACUUUGGUUUUCAGAAAGAUUUAGUGCUGCAGGAGUCACGGCUUUGGGAUUGCCAACGCGAUUGGAAGCUCAAAAAGACAUCGCCUGUUACGAGACUUUGGCCCAGAUGGCUUUGUUGCAAUAUCCUCACCAACGACUUCGAGUGAUUCUGCCUACGGUGAGUGAUAAUACUUCAGCUGAAGCCGGCGUCAACCAACUUUUCACCACUAGCGAGCAGCUGUGUUUCUUUUUGGAGAAAAUUGGCCAACUCAGUAGUUCUUUAAACGUUGAUAUGGACACUUCUCACAUCAGUGGAGUGGACAAUGUCAUAGCAGAUCUUUUAAGCAGAUGGGACUUUGACGGUGGACAGGAUUUGCAGGGCGAAGUGGUACGGAAGAACUUCCCUGACCAGGUGCUGAAGUCCUGGAACAGCCCUUGCCGUUUCACGAGUCGCCAUUUCCACGAGUUCUGGUACAACGACAAGAAUGAUGUUGUUUACAGCUCCUUGGCAGUGGAGCAAAUUCCAGCGCAGAGUUUCAGAGUAUCUCCGAUUGCCAUGUUCUGCGAUUCUAGAUUUUCAGAAGAUGUGGUGGAAGAGGAUGAAAAGAUGAAAUAUGCCAGAGUCAUCGGUUUGGACUCUUUGCAGUUGGAGCUGAGUGGCGAACUCAUCUCAGCGUGUUUGACGGUGGCUGGCAUGACCUCUCAGUUGGCCUUUGUGGCCGAUCUCUGGAACACACCGAAGCACGUCUCGCAUCAUCAAGACACCUCGCAGGUGGCCUACACGGCCGUUUUCUUCGUGAGUUUCACUGCCCAAUGCCUCGCAGUGCUGUGCGACACACUGCAACACAUGAGGUCGAGCCGCUUCCGAGCAGAUGCCUGGACCAAAGGAAGCUGUUUCGAAUCAGCGAAGACUUUCUUUAAAAUCUACGUUUUAAACUUUCUAGGUGUGGUUCACACCAUCAAGACCAUACCCAUCAUUUUGCAUCCCAGGAAGGGCGUGCAGCCCUUCGCGGCCUUCAAAGCCAAGGACAUGAGGAUGUUCGCAGUAGGCACCGGCACUUCCCUAGCUCUCUGGUGGAAUUUGCUAGGGUUAGAUCAUCCCGCGCCCUUCUUGCCAUACGAUCUCGCUUGCCCAGUGCCUUCAGUGCUGGACUUUCAUCUUCCCAGCCUUCUUUUGGGCAUUCUGGUCGGGCUCUUCAUUGGGAUCACAGACCUGGAGGUGCAAGUUGAGACUUUGCGCUCUGAGGUGUGUGAGCUGAGACUUCUUGUGCAGAGGUUGAAGCGUGAGUUGGAAAGGAACUCAUCGCGGCGGCAGUCUGACAGUGAAGCAGACCGAGGGAGCAGCUAUAGCUCAGUCCUUGAUUCCCCUUUGCGUGGGAGCUCUGCCUCUUUUUCUUUGGUCACUGGAGGUGGCGGAGAUCAGCAGUUCAGCCGGAGCCCUUCUUUGGCUGAGAGUCAGUGUGCAAGAGCAGGAUCCGAUAGCAGGAGUUCAGCUGGCUACGGUCCUGCUCCUCCUGGCUCGCGAAACCCUGAGGAGUCUGGAAGUCGCUCUACGCGGCCCACCUUGAGUUGGGGAGAGCGAGAAGCCAUUUGCGACGAGAUUGGUGAGUGGUUCCUUCGUUGCCUUCGCGGUCUUCAUCGCAGCAGCAGCGGCAGGGACAGGAUUCCUCUUUCGAGCAGAGUUUGGAUUGUGGCCCGGGAUUUCGACGGCUUUGUCUACAAGCCGUGCCAGAUCUACCACUCCUUUUCUGAGUGCAAGCAUUUGGUGAAGCGUGGCAGCGAGUGCGGAGAGUCAGUGUUCAUUGGUGUGCCCAGCGAGCGUGAGGAUUUGGGUGUGGUUUUUGAUUAUCAGUGCUGUGUGCUGCCUGACCAAUUGGGAGGGCUUUGCGAGAUUGUGCCUGUCUGCUAUAUCGACACGAAGCUGUUGGUUGCAGUUCCUCAUAGCGUUUGGAAUCGCGUGGUUGCCAAACGUGCACUUAGCGACAAGGCGCUUUCAAAGUUUGUGUUGGUGGAGGUUGGACAAUGUCCCGAUCUCAGUUUUGCGGAUGGCGACUAUGUUGGUUACCUUCCCUUCGCUGGUGGUCUGGAAGGUGCAGCAAAGGAUCACUUUGCGUUCAUGACGGCCACAGAAGGUGCUCCCACUCCUCAGCAUGGCGGUUCACGCCCUCGAGCAGCCGGAAGUCAGGAUGGCCGAGGAGAAUCUGGAUCGGCCGCCAGUCAGGCAGAUCGCUUGACGAAGUUGGAAGAGAUGAUGGAGCGGCUGAUGGUGAAGGUCGACAGCAGCUUGAGUCCCUCGGGACCAUACAGUUCUCAGCCGCGGCCCUCAGCUCUCCGGCCGCCAAAGGAUGUGAGCCGGAGGUCUUCCACUCUAGCAGGGCAGUUUCCAGAUUUGGAUCCCAGUGUGGUUGCGGCAGCAGUCAGUGCUGGGGUCGAAACCGAGGCCCUCCAGGAGAUGCAGAAGCUGAUGCAGGUUGGGAAGAAGAAACAGCAGAAGCUCCGCGACCCUGGCGGACCAAGGGUGCACUUCAGCAGUGGCAAGGCAGAAGAUGUCCUGUCCGACUCGGAGACCGAGCACGACGAGGGCGAAAGCGGAGACGUUUUUGGCGGAGCUCCAACUGGUGGCAACGUGUCUCCUGUUGCGGAUGCUGUGACAAAGUUGACUCAGUUGGUUACGGUGCUGACGGCGGACAAGGUGAAAAAGAGCCAGUCAAAGAUAGAGGCUGCGUUGGAUGGUGUUUCUGCCUCUGGUGUCAACGAAAGUGGUGGUCUUGGAAGUGGAAAACGUACAGCUGCAGCGAGGCGAGCCCUUCGGCAAGCUUUGCAGGACAAUCCCGAGGAGAUUUAUCAGCUGUUGGAACGUGCUAUGAUGGAAGACUUGACCAGCCAGACCAUCACCCCUGGGCAGCCUGCCCAGGCGUUAUGUGCCCGAGCAUGGGUGGAACACCGAAGCCGCAUAGGCCACUGGAAGACACCGGCUUUUUGCGCCUGGACGGUGAGCGGAGCCCUGGACAAGCUGAUCAAGGGCGAUACCGCCGGUUGCCGAGCCCGACUAUGUCUCAUGUUUCUGAUGCUCGACCAGACGGCUUGCGACCGAGGGAGCUGGGCGCUUUCAGCCGAACUCUCAUUAGAGAGCAGUCCCCCCAUGUCAGUGCUGAGCCAACAUGUGCCACCGUCAGUGGCAGACGGGGAGCAGCCCUUCAGCAGGUUGCUGGACCCUCGAUGGGCGGAGGUUGCCAUGGCCCAUGUCAAAGAGACGGAGGAGUUCGUCACCAAAAGGCUGAAGCUGGGAAGAAAGGAUCAGAACGAGACGGCAGUUUUUCGUAGCGGAGCUGAUGGUGCUACGGCAUGGAAGAAGAGGCGGCUGUGUUUACAGUUGGUGGUGCUUAACUGGCUUUACCUUGGGCAAGUUUGUGGUCCUCCUUCCGCGUUGCGGUUGGGUCGGAAGUUAUCACCUGGACAGUGGAGGAUUGUUCGCCUCCUCGAGAGCUUGGCGGAAGAUGGUAAUUCAGUGCAGAAGGUUGAUGCUUUGGGUAUGGGGAGGAGCGCAGCAAAAGCAGAAACUCAAGAUGAUGAAGUCGCUGCUCUCCACCGUGCCCUUUUGCAAGUACAACAGUCCACCUCUUUUUAUGGAAUGGACCGCUCUUCUUUGUCUUCCAGGCUAGCAGAAGCGGAUGAGCAGCGUUUUUCUGGUGAAGUUGUUGGCAAGUUGCAAACAAAACCUUUUGUGACAGCAAAGCCAAUUGAGGCUGACAGGCUGCAGUUUGGUCCUCCUCCUGCCUUCGAUCCUUUGCCCUACAUGGACAACAAGACUGCCGCCAUGUACUUGGAUCCAGGCCUCUUUCACAGGCCAGAGCCUGAACCCCCACCUAAAGUUACGGUGAGGGCUGCAAUGAGCGAGAAGCUUCGCCUCUAUGAGAAAUUGGCGGCCACUGGCAGGCUGCGGCUGCUGGACCUUUCUGAGGUGGAGGAGCUCUACUCUUCAGGGCUUUUUGCAGUGGUUAAGGAUCUGGAAAGAGACAGGUUGAUCAUGGACAGUCGGCCUGCAAAUAGCCGCGAGAUAGGGCUGAACCACUGGUGCGGGAGCUUGGCAAAUGCUUCUAUGUUGGGGCAAAUCUGUCUUGCGGAGGGUGAAGAGCUUUGCAUGUCGGGCGAAGAUGUCAAGGACUUCUUUUACCAGUUUGUCGUUAGCAGAAAGAGAGCAGCAAGGAACAGCUUGGUAGGAAAACUGACCAGUGCUGAACUGAAGCACCUUUUUCCUUCUCUGGAAAUACCUAGAGAAGGAGGCUACGUUGGUUUGAGCACCAUGGCCAUGGGAGACCUCUGUGCGGUGGAGUUCGCUCAGUCCAGCCACCUUGGAGUGGUUUUGCAAUGUGGCGGCAUUCACCCCUGCGAGCUUUUGAGGUUGCGGAGCCCUAUGCCGAGAGGUCCUUUCAUGGGUGGUAUCGUCAUCGACGAUCUGGUGCUUUUGGAGCGGGUCAUGCGGAGCAAUUUGCAAGCAGCUUCAGUUGCCAGCCUGCGUUUGGAGGCUAUCAAGGAGAAGUACAAGGAGGUGGGUCUGCCUGUGAACCUGAAGAAGGAGUUUGUGGAUGCUACUUGCGCUCGUUUUUGGGGUGCUGAGGUUGAUGGGAAAGCAGGCAUUGUGAGGCCGAACAGUUUUAGGGUAUGGCCCCUGAUGUUGGUGACCUUGCGAGUUUGCUGCCUAGGUGUCACAAGCGUGAGCCUUUUGGAAAGUUUGUGUGGCUCCUGGAUUUCAGUGUUGAUGUUUCGCCGAAGGACUCUCAGUGUGCUGAAUGAGAUCUUUGGGGCGCUGCACAGUGGGCUUGCGCAGAAUGACAUCAUCAGGCUUUCUGAAGGCCUGAAGGAUGAGCUGGUUUCCGCAGUUGUCUUGGGCAGUUUGUCCUAUGUGAACUUACGUGCAAAAGUCUUACCAACGUUUAGAGCCACAGAUGCCUCGGACUGGGGCCUUGCUGCUGUUUCAGCUCACCUCCCAGCUGAAGUAGCGAAAGAAACCUUGCGUUUUAGUUUGUCGCGGAGCUUGUGGACCAAACUCCUUCCUCCAGGAAAGGCUUGGAUGAAACAGAAAGGACUGCUUGACCAUGGUGAAGAACUCCCUUCUGAUGAGUGUUAUGAUACCCACCCUUUGUGGGAGCUGCUGGCGCGGUGUUUGGUGUUUGUCACCGAAUGGCGCAAGCCGCAUGCCCGUGCGGUGCAUAUCAAUGUUUCCUUGGGGGCUCUUGUGAAAGGCCGCUCUUCUUCAAAAUGUCUGAGCAGGCUGCUGCAGAAAAGCCUGCUCCCUAUGUUCAGCGCUGAUGCAUAUAGUGGGGUGGGCUUUUUGCCGUCAGCCAUCAACCGAGCUGAUGCCCCUACAAGAGACAGAGAAGUUGAGCCACCUGACAUGGCUCUGCCAGACUGGUGGGAGGAGCUCUCAGAUGGAGGUUUUGUUGGGUUCGACUUGUGGCUUGAAAGCUUGAGAGCUAGCUUGCCUGCUGCUCGAGACCCGUUUGACUUUACUGAGCUGGGAUACCGUGAGCCUAUGCGUCUGCGGUCUGGGCGACAAGAGAAGACAGCAAGCCAUUUUGGCAGAAGAGUACAGCAGCCCGUUGCGGUUGAACCUUCUUUUUCUGGCGACUUUCGCCUUCCUGAGCCUGCUGCUGAUGGUCUAUGUGCUGAGGCAGUUUCUAUGUUGCAGGAGCUUGACCGCCGAGGGCAAGUUUGGUGGCCAAAAGACUCCGAGCGUGUUUUCCGAGAACCAGGUGCCUUAGACCUUUACUCUGGUAGGGGCGGUGUUGCAAAGCAGCUUUUGAAGAAUGGUGCGCCGUUUGUCAUCACCUUUGACUGGAACAGGUCUGCUAAGGAAAACUUGCUCUGGCAGGAGAACAGGGAGAUUGUCCUGCGCUUGGUGGAGCUCAAGGCUGUGGCAGUUGUUGGGUCGGCAGUCAUUUGCAAGAGCUUCACGCGGGCUAUCACGCCUGCUGUCAGGUCGAGGAGGCACCCUCGUGGAAUCCCUUGGAUGCGGGCUACCAUGCGACAGUCCGUCGAGGAGGGGAACUCACACAGUGACUUCUGCAAGGACGUCAUCAAAGCAUGUGAGAAGGCUUCAGUUAUUUUUUGGCUGGAAAACCCUGACACCAGUUUUUUGUGGCUGCAGCGAGGGUACAAGCGUUUUUCAUGUCCCAACAGCAACUGGGUGUUCCGGGCUGACUUCUGCCGCUUUGGUACAGCCUGGCGAAAGAGAACCCGAGUGGCGACAAGUAGUCCUUCGCUGAGAGGUUUGAGGAUGUUGUGUAGGUGCAAGAAAGGGCACCGAGUCCUGAGAGGCAUGCACCCAACUUUGAGGAAGCCAUGGACUUCUGUUGCCGAACCCUACCCUCAUGGUUUUUGUGCAGUUGUUGCGGGGGCCCUUGCUAGCGAUGUUGGGUGGUGUCGGAAGUUGAAUGUUGCUGGGUGCAGCCGGUCAGCCAGUUUGAGAAUAGGUGAAGCAAAGAACCCUGGUCCUCGUAGGGCUAGACAGCCGCGUGAGGUGUCGCUUGAGCACAUGCCGCAGCAGCUUGCUGCGUCGAUAGCUUUGGGAGAUAGGUGUUGGGCGGCCUUUUUCAGAUGGGCUUCUGAGAGUUUUGAACAUGUAGACCCUUUGCAGCUUUUCCUUUCAGUUCCUCUUUUCCUUGCGCAUGCUGUUCGUAGAUACGGAGACUUAUUGUUUGCCGAUGGUGGCGCCUUGCUCUACUACCGGCACCUGGUGCUUGCUGCUCAGCGACGAGUCCCGAAUCUCCGGCAGUAUGUGCAUUUGUGCUGGGAGUUAGCUGGACGAUGGGAAUUAGCCGAGCCGGUGACCCACAGAGUGCCCUUGCCUUUUCCAGUUUUACAAGGGAUGGUCUGCUUAGCUAUGAUGAUGGGUUGGCGACAGUGGGCAGGUAUCAGUCUUUUGUGUUUCUUUGGUGUUGCUAGAGUUGGGGAAGUUUUGCGAUGCAAACGAAAGCAUUUGCUUCUCCCUGGUGAUCUUCUGGAAGAGUCAGGCAGCUCAGCUUACCUGACCUUGCACCACUUCAUAGCAGAGCUCUACGGCAUCUUUGCACUUGCUCUGACCUUGCACCACUUCAUAGCAGAGCUCUACGGCAUCUUUGCACUUGCUCUGCACUUGCGCGUGGUGAUCUUCGCAUUACCGCUGUUCUUGCUGCAGAUGAUCCUCGGCACGGGUCUCAAGAACAUGAGCUACAUGGAAUCCCUGAGCGGCAUCCUGACAAUGGGACAAGUCAUGAGAUCCUUUGUGGUUUACAUCCGAAUCAAGUGUCAAGAAGUGAGAGCGAAGGAGUACUUGCGCAUGAUGACAGAGGAGAAGUUGAAAGACUCCAGGGAACGACAACGCUUACAGAGUGACACGGGGGCAAGACGAGAAGUCAUCGUGAAUUACCGCUUGCGGGAGGAGUAUUUCAACGAAGUCAUUCCCGAUGAAAUCCUUGAGUGGGCGAGGAAAGAGAACAUGGCUGGGACAAAAGAUGAUGAGGAGGACACUGGAUGUGGAUCUGGGUCUUGCCUUUUGCCGACCCACAAGACAUCGGUACAUCACCGACAUCACCGUGGUUGGUAG